AUGGCUCAAGUCCAGCUGGCAUUGGAGAUAGCCUUCUAUGUCUAUCCAUGUGGACUGUUUGCCACCCUCUCUCUGUCUCAAUUGAUCCGACAUUGGCGGGAUCGACGAAACGUGAGCGAACUAGCCGACGAGGGGACCGAGGAGUUUCGGCGCUUCCAUUCAAGACUCACGUGGGGUCUCCAGCUUCUACUGGCUCUUCUUCUGGCAAGUACUACCGCCAGCGUCAUACUAGUCACUCAUGAUGCUGUUUCUGGCCGAUACGACAAGUCCGAGGAAGUCAACUUUCCAUACACUGCAUAUCUGGCUUCGUACGCUGGUGUUACUCUGUACUUCUUGGCUGGUCUUUUGCCCAACCCAGACGGACCAUGGUCUCCCACCGUCUCCCAUAGCCAUGCAUGGGUGGCUGGUAUUAUGCUCGAGGCCGUCAUAGCCAUCAUUUUUAAGUCAGAGCAAAGAUCUAUACGGGUGUCCGCACGACUUCUCAAUUCUCUCUUCGGUCUCGGCGUGUCGCGGAUCUCGGUUCUACUGCUGAUGACGGUGCUUCUUGUCUACAAACAGUCCAGGUUGAGGGCACUAGAGUCUGGCUCGAAUUCCGAACGUCGCCCACUCCUGGAGAACGGUCAUGGUCCUGCUAGCAACUAUGGUGGCACGCACGCUCGUGCAACAGUCUCGGGUACUGACAAGCCACGUGAUGCACAGAGCUCAGGCUGGGUUGAGUAUUUUGCUGGAUUCAGAAUUCUCUUCCCCUAUCUGUGGCCCAAAGACUCCCCACUUUAUCAGGUGAUCGUGGUCAUCUGCUUGAUUCUUUUGGUCUGCCAGCGUGCAGUGAAUAUGCUAGUUCCUAUACAGCUUGGAUAUCUGGUUGACGCUCUCGGCUACGGCAAGAUUCCACUCAAGGAGAUCAUCCUCUAUGUAGUCUACCGAUCACUUCAAGGUAACCAAGGAGCUCUUGGCGCUGCUCGCUCUGUCUUAUGGAUUCCAGUCUCACAGUCGCUGUUCCGCCGCCUAUCUUGCGCUGCGUUCGAGCAUGUGUUGGGCCUUUCAAUGGAUUUCCACUUAAGCAAGAGAAUCGGCGAAGUGACCAGCGCACUGAGCCGCGGUGCCGCCAUGAAUACAUUCUUGGAAAGCUUCCUCUUUCAGGUUAUACCGAUGACCUUGGAUAUAUUUCUCGCAGGGAUCUUUUUCUUCAUUCAGUACGACGCGUUUUACACGCUCGUCGUUUUCUUUAUCAUGUGGUCCUACAUCUUCCUCACUAUCUAUAUGGCCAAGUACCGGGGCCGGCAACGUCGAGACAUGGCGACAAAGUCUCGCGAGAUGGAUGCCGCGAAGACAGAUGCCAUCAUGGCGUUCGAAACGGUACAGCACAACUGCGCUGUCCCAGCCGAGACGGAGAAAUUCAGGAGCCACGUUACUGUUUACCAAACCGCGGAGCGACUGGUGCAGCUAUCACUGAAUGGGAUGAACCUAACUCAGAGCUCCAUAUUCUCGUUGGGAACGGCGCUGCUCGUGGCCAUUUCGGCCUACAAGAUUUCCAUCGGCCAGCAGGAAGUUUCCGAGUUCGUGACUAUGAUUAUCUACUUCACGCAACUUCAAGGGCCAUUGAAUUUCUUCGGCACAUAUUACACAAUGUUGCAGAACAAUCUCAUUGAGGCGGAGCGAAUGCUUGAUUUGUUCAAAGAGACAUCAGGGAUCGUGGAGAAAGAAGGUGCGAUCACCCUUCCGCCCCCGCGAGGAGAGGUGAGGUUCAACAAUGUUGGCUUCUCUUACGGGGGCAAGGAGGGAGCAUCGCCGGCGAUUGACGGUGUCGCCUUUACUGUUCAGCCAGGCACCAAGACUGCCAUAGUAGGAGAGUCCGGAAGCGGGAAGAGCACAUGCCUGAAACUUCUGUUCCGGUUUUAUGAUGUCAAAGACGGUUCAAUCACGGUUGAUGGCCAUGAUCUUCGAGAUCUAAAGGUUGAUAGCCUCCGAAAGCACAUCGGGGUCGUCCCACAAGAUACUGUACUCUUCAACGCCACGAUCAUGUACAACUUGCUCUACGCAAGCCCGACAGCAACCGAAGUUGAUGUAUAUGCGGCCUGCAAGGCUGCGAAUAUACAUGACCGCAUACUUGCCUUCCCCGAUCAGUACAAUACGAAAGUCGGAGAGCGAGGACUAAAGCUAUCUGGAGGUGAACGCCAGAGGAUCGCGAUCGCAAGAGCAAUCCUUAAGGACUCGCGCAUUUUACUACUCGACGAAGCCACAGCCUCGCUCGAUUCUCAUACCGAGCGGCAGAUCCAAGAAGCGCUGGAGAGGGUGACUGAAGGACGGACUACGAUUACCAUUGCUCACCGUCUCUCCACUAUCACCAAUUCAGACCAAAUUGUGGUUCUUCAUAAAGGCAAGGUCGUUGAGCGUGGCACGCACGCAGCACUCCUUGAGUCUCGUGGUCGUUACUUUGCCAUGUGGGAGAAGCAGACUACGGCCGAAAAGGAGAAAGAACAGAAAGAGAAAGCUGAAGUAACCGAGAUGUAG